AUUUAUAUUGAUAUUAUAAAUCAUUUAAAUAAUUUGUCUAUUUUUUUAUUCCAUGAUAAACAUAUAUGGACAUAUGGUGAAAACCAAUCUUGCCCAUUAGACCCAAAAAUUGUCUUUAUUUUAGAUAAUGGACAUUAUACCCGUCCUCAAUUUGUGCCUGUCGUAUUGUUUUAGCGAAGAAUGCAAAUUAAUAAUUGACCGAAAAUGAGAGAACAAUAUCUUUCUUGGUCAACUACAGCUGCUCCGGAGGCAUAAAUGGUAAACUCACCGGGAUCUGACCGAGAACAUGGGAUCCGGCUGGAUCAUCUCCCGUCGGCGCUCCUCGCCACCGUGAUGACAAAGCUUGACAUUCCCUCCAUACGCUCCCUCGCGUGCACUUGCAAGGCCUUAUACUCAUGCGCCUCUCACAUAGCCUCUUUCCUUCCAUUUUUCCAUCUUCUGGAUAUUGCUCCCUCCGCGGAUAUGCUGAGACCAUUGUUGCCUCCCAACCAUUGCCUGCGAAGCAUAAAGCUGGAUUGCACUCGCCUAGACGAUUCCUCUCUCGAUUUUAUCCUCCCCCCGACUUUACAAGAGCUUUGCCUCCAUAAUUGCUUCGAUUUUAGCGGAAAGCUUCUUUCUCAAUUAGGUCGUGGCUGCGCAGAUCUCAGGUUUCUGUAUUUGAGUUCAGUGGCAGACAAAAAAGGGAGAUCAAUAGAUGUAUCUGAUCUUGAGGUUCUACUCCGCGGUUGCACUCAGUUGGAAUCAAUGGUCCUGAUGUUUGAUGUGUCUACAUUCUUGCACCACACUUCUGCUCGUGUAUGGUCUCUGGCCCCUGCCUCGCUUUCUUCACUGCAAGUUGGGUACAUUUCUUCAGUCAUGGUGACUGAACUGCUUAGUCCUCCCAUGGUUCCACAGCAGUCACUUAAUCGUAUCCAACCACCUGUGUUGCCAGGAAUACAGAAGCUAUGCCUUUCGGUGGACUACAUCACUGACACUAUGAUUAAUACAAUAUCCAAAAAUCUCAACACAUUGACCUAUUUGGAGCUUCAAGAUUCGCCCAUAAUGGAACCACGAGUGGCAUUUGACCUUACGAAUGCAGGCCUUCAACAGAUUAACCCACAUGGAAACCUAAAGCACCUCUCUUUAAUAAGAAGGCAUGAUAUUAUUCCUGCAUAUUUCAAGAGAGUUAAUGAUCUGGGGAUUCUUCUUAUGGCUGACAGGUGCUCGAGCAUGGAAAGUAUUUGUCUAGGUGGUUUCUGCCAGGUUACGGAUACAGGAUUCAAGACACUUUUACAUUCAUGUGCAAAUUUAUUUAAUUUUAGGGUGUCACAUGGACCACUAUUGACAGAUCUUGUCUUUCACGAUAUUGGCGCAACUUCCCUGACUCUCACUCAUGUCAGUUUAAGGUGGUGUAAUCUUUUGACGAACUGUGUAGCUGGACUACUAGCAUCCAACACGAAUCUCAGUGUGCUUGACCUAAGGGAGUGUAGAAACCUCGGGGAUGAAGCGCUUCGAGCCUUCAGUUUGCUUCCAAAGUUAAAGGUUUUGCUCAUAGAUGGUUGUGAUAUAAGUGAUGCUGGAAUAUCCCACUUAUCAAAAGGUGUUGUGAGUUCCCUUGUUUCACUGUCCGUCAGAGGAUGCAAGAGGCUCACAGACAAAUGUAUUUAUUAUCUCUUUGAAGGAUCUUCCAACCAGGAAUUGAAAGAACUGGACUUGUCAAAUAUUCCCAAUCUUUCUGAUGCCGGAAUACUUUCACUUGUGAAGAGCCGGGUACCUAUAUUUGAGCUGAGGAUGCGACAUUGUCCUUUGAUAGGAGAUAAUUCAGUUAUUAUGUUAGCUUCCAUGAAGUUUGAUAAUGAGGAUGGGGGGUGGCAGGGAAGUAGGUUAAGGCUGUUGGACCUUUAUAAGUGUGGCAACAUAACUCAACUUUCAUUCCUGUGGUUCAAGAAGCCCUACUUCCCAAGACUAAGAUGGUUGGGAGUGAGUGGAGGUGGAAACAGGUAUAUGGUGGAUGCCUUGGUCCGAAAUAGACCAUACUUGCAUGUCGCUUGGCUUGGGGAGGAGCUGGGUAUCAUCAACCAGUGCGGUACAUCAGAUGAUCAGUACAUGCAGGAUUAUGACGAAGUUGAUGAACUGGAGCAGAUGCUUGACGAUGAGAGUGAUGAAGAAAUGGAAGUAGGUGCUGGCUAGCUAGCUUCAGAUGUUGUACAGAGGCAGGCGUGCAAGUGGAUUUUGGUUGUUAUCUGUACGUGUACGUGUACAUCCUCUCUCUCUCUCUCUAUAUAUACAGAGUACUUUUUCUUUGUGGUGAUAUGGUGGAGCAAAAAAUAUAUAUGGAGAAGGGGUUUAACAUAACAACUAUUGAUUGGCAUUGACACCACUUGACUUACAAACCUUGUGAGCAGAAGGCCGAUUAAUGGUUGCCAUGCUAUUUCAAUUGUUUACCCCAUAAAUGGUUCGGGUUCGAGAGAGGGGCGAUCCUGUAGGAUUCUACAUUUGGUAUAAAAUCUAGAGUUCAUUUGGUGCUUCACAUAGAAAGUCCUAGAAAUAGGUUCCUUUGAAUUCAGUUGAACUUUUCUCAGUCCAAUGAAGGCAUGAAUCAAUUGAAAAAGUUCCUCUGAAUCGAGAAAUGCAUAAUGCAUUGAUUGGAAACAAACACUUGUUAUGGAU